AUGGCGGCCCAAGAUCUUCCUGCCGACGUCCUUCUCAACAUCUUCCACCUCUGCCUCGAAGAUCCAGGCCCGAUACCGGACGAUCCUCUUCGCAGUUCCCGCUCUUUGAGCCAAGUCUGCACGUCAUGGCGUCGUAUCUUCUUCUCCGACUUGAGGUGGAUAGCCAUCGGACACGCAAGCACCACCGCGCUCGGUGACGGACGUGAAUACCGUAUGACCAUCACACACCUCGUCCAAGGGGCCAAUAGGCCGGUCAAUCCCCUCGACAUCCCUCUUCCUUGGUCCUACAUCGCGUCUCUCGAUCUACACGGCCUACCCAUCCACCCACGUGUUGCGUUACGCCUCUUCCAGAACUCGUACACCACUCUGGCUGAAGCAUACCUCCAAAUUCACGUCCAAACUACCAGCACGCCGACCACCGCUUCCACCCUCGCUCAACCUUUCCCCAUGCUCCAGACGACCCUCAGACGGCUCACGAAGGUCCAUCUCAUCAUUAUCGACGAUGCCCGUGGCUCCGACGAGCUCAAAGACUUCUUCACCAUCGCCCAUCUUCCGAAGUUGAAGCAUCUUCGAGUGGAGGCGGUCGGCGGACUGUCACUAUGGCGUCGUCAUUUGUUGUCCUCCAUCCUUCCGUGGUGUUCGCGGCAUGUCGAGCAGCUCGACCUCAUCCAGGUACCGCCAGUUCCAGCUGUAGGUCGCCUCGGGGCCGACGUCGGUCCUCAACCCACAACGACGCGUCAUCUCACAUAUCAAGAUGUCGAGGACCUCUUCCAGUCCAUCCCGAACGUCCGCUUCCUCCGCCUACCACGCUGCAUCCUCCUCCAUUCAACGACUCUCAGGAAGCUAGAGAACGGCAUUCUUCUUCCCUUUCUUCAGGUACUCGAAGUUGGUACGAGCAGCGCGGAGAACGGAGACGAUAUCCUGUCAAUGGUCGCGAGGCGAAACUUGGAGGCAGGUUGUCGUGCAGGGCUUCCUCCCAUGGUUGGUCCAUCGAACGCAGUAAUCCAGGCGGGGUUCCAGGCGGGAGAGCAUGCCAACGACGGACCACUCUACCCAAUUUUCUCGGUCGACCUUUCGAUACCGGAAGCAGAUGCGGAGUUCUUCUCGCGGGACUGUCUUUCGCAACAUCUUGGAGGCCUUGAGGGUGUGGAGGUAGAAAUCGGAGCGUGGGUUUAG